AUGAGGAACUCCACCCAGGUGUCGUUCUUCGUCUUGGAGGCCUUCCUGGACGUGGGUCUAGUGAAGUACCUGGUCUUCCUCUUCAUCAUGUGCUUCUAUGUUCUGACUCUGUUCUCCAACCUGCUGCUGAUCGUGGUGAUCUGUGUGAACAGAACCCUUCAUGAGCCCAUGUACCUGUUCCUGGUCAGCCUGUUUGUCAACGAGCUGUACGGCAGCAGCGGCCUGUUUCCGCUCAUCCUGGUCCAGGUCCUGUCGGACUCUCACAUUGUGUCAGCGCCGCUCUGUUUCCUGCAGAUCUUCUGUCUCUACAUGUACGUGAACGUGGAGUUCUACACCCUGGCCGUCAUGUCGUACGACCGCUACCUGGCCAUCUGCCGCCCGCUGCAGUACGGCGCCCAGAUGAGGGCCGGGAAGGUGGCGCUGCUGCUGGCGGUGUCGUGGCUCCUGCCCGUGGUCGUGAUCACGGUCAUGACGUCUCUGACCGUGUCCCUCCGGCUGUGUGGAAACGUCCUUGACACUCUCUACUGCAACAACUACUCAGUGGUGAACCUGGCGUGCUCCGACACCACCACCAACAACAUCUACGGCCUGGUCUACACCUUCCUGGUGCUGGCGGGGCUGACGGUGCUGAUCGUCUUCUCCUACCUCAAGAUCCUGAAGGUGUGCUUCUCCAGCUCGGCACAGACCCGGCAGAAGGCCGCCAGCACCUGCGUGCCUCACCUGGCCUCGCUGCUCAACUUCUCCUUUGGCUGCUUCUUCGAGAUCGCCCAGAGCCGGGUCCGGAUGGGCGGCGUGCCGGCCGCCCUGCGCAUCAUCCUGUCCAUGUACUUCGUCACCUGCCAGCCGCUCUUCAACCCCGUGCUGUACGGGCUCAACCUGACCAAGAUCAGGGUCAUCUGCAGGAAUCUGCUCUUCCACGGACCGUGA